AGCAAUGGGAAACAGAUGUUAAGUAUGUGGAGGGAUCUCCACAGGUUGCUGAGUUAGAUGCAGUUGUCAGGGCCUUUGAGAGGUUUUCUGAACCUUUCAAUCUAAUAACAGAUUCGGCUUAUGUAGCAGGGGUGGUCGCAAGGGCUGAGCAUGCAGCCCUGAAGGAGGUCUCAAACCCAAAGCUGUUUGAGUUGCUUUCUGCAUUGAUUUACACUGUUUCCCACAGAAAGCAACCUUUUUUUGUAAUGCAUGUGAGGUCACACACGGACCUCCCUGGCCCGGUGGCCGAAGGGAAUCGGAUAGCCGAUUCCCUCGCCACCCCUGUUUCAAUGGCUCAACUCCCCGAUCUGUUCCAACAAGCCAAGCUGAGUCACCAAAUGUUCCAUCAAAAUGUGCCUGGUCUGGUCCGCCAAUUCCACCUGCGGCGGGAUCAGGCCAGAGCCAUUGUGGCCACAUGCCCACACUGCCAGACCACCGCCAUGCCCUCCCUGGGAUCGGGAGUCAACCCUCGAGGCCUGGGGAGCUGUGAAGUGUGGCAAAUGGAUGUGACGCACAUCCCCGAGUUUGAGAGCCAUCCGAAAAUGACGGCAGCGAGUCUUACCCUGAACAUCGCACUCCUGGUUCUACUGGUGGCCCAGGCAGCCGCGUGGAUUGUGCCCCAACCCAAACAAAAUGUUUGGGUAAUGUUGGUGAAGUCUCUGCAGAGGGAUGAGUUAUGUUUGUCCACCGGAGCAGCGGGAAAUCCAAUGACCACCUGCCUGGUGGGGAUCCCAUUAAAGCCAGAGGAGUACCCAGAAUCCCUGAUGGAAUUAGUGAAAGAGGCCAACAAAGGUAGGCCAGCUCAGCGAGUGGUCCGCUCCCUUCCAUCUUAUAAGGUAAAGAAACCCGUCCAGAAUCCCCUCCUCCUUUGGAGGGACUGGCAGGCUUACCUAGAGCGGGCCGUCGCUGAGCCUCAAGAAUUUGAUUUAUUAAACUCUUCUCUGGCACCCUUUUGCGUUCAGUUCCGUUACUACCCAGAUAAUCCUUCCCUAUAUCCAAAAAUGAUCCAGGAUAACAAAAAAUUCCAGGCAGCUGCGUGGUGCAAGAACAUCGCACACGUGAAAAUGCCUUCCACACUAGAUUCUCGCCCUCUUAAGCUGCCGAAAGGAAUGUUCCUGAUAUGUGGAGACCGGGCAUGGGCUGGCAUCCCCUCUCGCCUUCUCGGAGGGCCAUGUACCUUAGGCCAGUUGUCCCUGUUUUCCCCCAAUGCAACCCAAAUUGAAAAUUGGACACCAAAAAAUAAUUCGGCUAUCAAGAAGCGCAGUCUGGAAAACCUAGACCCGGACUGUGAUUCCGAAAUCUUUCAUUGGAGCAAGCCAAAACGGGUGGCAGUGUCCGUGUUUUUACCAUGGUUGGCCGCUGCUCAAGCCCUGGGUGAAUUAGGCCAGUUCGAGUGUUGGGUAGUUAAACAGGCCAAUUUAACGUCAACUGCGCUAGGCGACCUCCUCGAAGACGAGGAAAUAACCAGGCGGGCCACUCUACAAAACUGAGCAGCCAUCGAUUUCCUACUGCUCCUCCAUAACCAUGAUUGCAGAGACUUCGAGGGGCUCUGCUGCUUGAACCUUACCAGCCGGAGCCCCGACAUUCGAAAGACCAUCUCCGAGAUGAAGGGCAUGAUCCACCAGAUUCAUCAGGAAACCGGCGACUGGGUCACCAACUUGUUCUCAGGAUUGGGUGUGUCCGGAUGGCUCU